ACAUGGCUCAAUCCCCCUUCAGAUCUGCAUCGAUACGAGGGAUUACAAGUGUCGUGAUUCUGUGCUCGGAAGCCUCUAGCAUCUGAUUGAGAGGUUUUAUCGAAGUAUCAGUGUUCACUUCAGGCCCUGCACGUGAGGCGUGCGUGGACUGCUGUCGUCUCGAGGAGUACAGUGCAAAGCAGCUCGAAAAUGCGUUCGAAAAAGACACAGAAAAAAUCGCUGAAGCGUAUCGGUUCUGAAAAAUUGAAGGAGCCGGUUUCGAGCUCGAAAGAGAAUGUCAAGAAAGCCACCAAGGUCAUGCUGUUGAAGAACAAGAAGAAAUCGGGCAAAUCUCGCGAUCAGAAACUUGUGGAAACCUACGGCGGUGAGCUGGUCGACCUCACCGAUCUGACCGCCUGGGGUGACUUCGAUGCGGAGUACGACGAACCUAGGGACGAACGCUACAAGAUGAUGAAGAAAGUGAAAGGUGAUCAAGCCCAAGAUACAGGAUUCGAAGACGAAGAAGAUUCCGACGAGGAGCUCGGUACCGAAGACGAUAGCUUCCAGCUGAGACUUGCCAGUGACUCUGAGGAUGGGGAUGGCGUGGAGGGAGAUGAAACAUCUGACGACGAAAAUGACGAGCCGACCGACUUGAGUGAAUCCGUAGCAGAGCUUGUCGAUGAAAGCAUGGACUGUGGCGAUGCGGAGGCAGAUGACGACGGAGAUGAGCCGCUUGAAAAAAUGCCCUUCAAGGGUCCACUGGCCGUGAAAGUCCGGCCCCCGAAGAAACGGAGGCCGAAACCGUCGUCUCUACUCGAUGGGGUGGACACGGAUAGUGACGGUGACCGAACGAAGGAUGACGAAGCCAUGGAAGUAGCCGAAGCGGGGGAAGAUCAAAGUGGAGCCGAGGAAGACGUCUCAGUUGAACUCGACGACGCGGAGAAGGCUCUCACCAAGGAAUGGGAGAUUUUCGAAAUCGAACCUCGUAUCCUCAAGGCCUUGGCCCAGCUGCGAUACACCGAACCAAGCGAAAUUCAGAGCCAAUGUCUAAUCCCAGCCAUCCGGGACAGGUUGGACAUACUCGGUGCGGCCGAGACUGGUUCUGGAAAAACACUAGCCUUCGGAAUACCCCUGGUCCAUCGCCUCUUGCAAGAAAGGUGCAGGAACAAGCUGGGCGCGUUGAUACUGACCCCGACCAGAGAACUCGCCGUUCAGAUAAAGAAACAUCUCAUGGAUAUCACAAAGUUCACAAAUCUGCAUGUCGUGUGUAUUGUUGGCGGUCUAAGCCACGAAAAGCAAACAAGACUCCUCGCGAAAAGACCAGAGAUAAUCGUCGCUACACCGGGUCGUUUAUUCGAACUCGUGCAAGAAGAUCCCCAGCUUCAGGAGCAGCUGAUUUCCGUCAGAUGUUUGGUGAUAGACGAAGCCGAUAGGAUGAUCCAGAAAGGACACUUCGAGGAAAUGCAACUGAUUCUGAAAUUCAUGAACUCAAACCGCAUCGGGAAACGCCAGAAUUUGGUGUUCUCUGCGACUCUGACCAUGGAUCCCCACCUGCCCGAGCGAGUGAUAGAGAGAAAGAAGAAGAAAAGAACAGGGAGACUGGAUCAGCUCAAAGCCAUGCUCGGCAUGACGAAACCGAAAAUCAUAGACACCACGAAAAAAAUCGGCACGGCAGAGACCUUGACAGAGUCUCGCAUCUAUUGUGAAAAACCUGAACAGAAGGAUGCUCUACUUUAUUACUUCCUCAAGAUGCAUCCAGGACGAACGCUGGUUUUCUGCAACUCUAUCGACUGCGUUAGAAGGCUAAAAUCGGUUCUCGAAGCCCUUCGAAUGAAACCGAUGGGUCUGCAUGCGGAAAUGCAGCAGCGACAGCGAUUGAAACAUCUUGACCGUUUCGCGGCAACUCCAAAUUCGGUGUUGAUCGCGACCGAUGUAGCCGCUCGCGGUCUAGAUAUUAAAAACAUCGAGCACGUCAUUCAUUUCAAUGUCUCCAAAGCUUCGGAAACCUAUAUCCAUCGAAGUGGGAGAACAGCCAGGUCCAAACAGAGUGGGCUCUCGGUAAUGCUUGUCGAUGGCCGAGAGCUCCCUCAAUACCGUAAAUUAUUGCACGCGUUGAAACGAACGGACAAUCUCCCGCCUUUUCCCGUUCAAGAGAAUAUUCUGAAAAUCUGCAAAGCUCGCGUCGCUAAAGCCCGCGAGCUCGAGACGCUACAGUAUCGCCAGAAAAAGGUACAAAAGUCAGACGGAUGGUUCGCCAAAUGUGCGAAAGACGCCGAUAUUGAGCUUGACGAGAAUUUAUUGAAAUCGAGUGAUUGGAACGAGAACCGCAAGGCUAAAGUCAAGGUGGAGUCGGUGAAACGUGAGUUGGACGCUUUACUCAGUAGGCGGCUGGUGCCUUUGAAUCAGAAAGUGGGAAACGCUCUCGAUAUUCCAGACAAGGAUCCCCUCAAGCUCGUGAGGGGAGCUAAGGGCACGCUGGACUAGUUUCUAUCCUCGACGAGAUUUCUAUGAUUUGAAAAUAAUAAAGGAAAGGAUAUG